AUGUUCGACGACCAAGGGCGCUCAGCGACCAGUUACGGCAGUUGGGUUAAGAGCGUGUACGACCAGCGGAUCUACCUGGUGGGACAACCGGACCUAGGCAGGGUGUUAGGUCAUCCCCCCGGCGCCCGCGCCCGCCCCCGCCCCCCGGCGCCCGCGCCCGCCCCCGCCCCCCGGCGCCCGCGCCCGCCCCCGCCCCCCGGCGCCGGCGCCCGCCCCCGGCCCCCGGCGCCGGCGCCCGCCCCCGGCCCCCGCCCGCCCCCGGCCCCCGCCGCCCGCGCCCGCCCCCGCCCCCCGCCGCCCGCGCCCGGCCCCGCCCCCCGCCGCCCGCGCCCGGCCCCGCCCCCCGCCGCCCGCGCCCGGCCCCGCCCCCCGCCGCCCGCGCCCGGCCCCGCCCCCCGCCGCCCGCGCCCGGCCCCGCCCCCCGCCGCCAGCGCCCGGCCCCCCCCCCGCCAAUACAUGUGUGCAGACAAACGAUAA